AUGCUCCCCAUUGACGCUACCGCCAAGUGUGAAGUUCGAACAGUUAUUCGGUUUUCGAAUGCAAAUGGCAUUAAACCGAUUGAAAUUCAUCGCCAAUUAACGGAAGUGUAUGGCAUGUCCUGCAUGGAUAUCAAGAACUGCCGCAAGUGGCGUAGGCAGUUUGCAGCUGGCUGUACUGAAAUUCAUGACGAAGAAAGAAGCGGGCAACCAUCAAUUUCUGAAAAAACAGUCGCGAAGGUUGAGCAAAUCCUGUGUGAAAAUCGGCGGAUCUCUUUGGAUGAUCUCCGCAUUUUGGUUCCUGGUGUUUCCCGAAGCACCAUUCAUAGGGUUGUGUGCGAAAAGUUGCAAUAUCGGAAAGUAUGCGCAAGAUGGGUCCCACGGAUGCUCACAGAAGACCAUAAACGGCAAACCACCUAA